AUGGACAAUCUAACAGCCGAGCUGUCAAACUUCACCGCCAGCCCGCCGACGGAUGGUUUCGUGGGUCCGGUGACAGCCGGGCAGCUGGCUGGCGCCGUCAUGUCAACGCUGCUUGUCCAGCUCGUUACGGCAGCAACAAGUAGUUCCCGAACACCAACAUCACCGACUACAGACGACCCCGACCAUUACUACGACCCAAAACCCACCACGGCGGACGUCCCCCCGGCCGGACUGAUGGAACCGAACGGGACCGAGCCUAAUUUAUGGUUCGUAACCUCGUUAGCCCUCUCCUCCCGUUCGCAACAGCAUCAGCAGCAGCAGCAACAGCACCAGCAACAGCUUCAACAACAACUGCACCACUCGACCACGGGAAACAGCGGUGGAGCGGAUGCUGGAGCGGGUGCUGGAGAGGUGUCCCCCGUAACACUCUCAACGGAAUGGCCCCGCCUCGCCCGGUUGCUGCUCCUCGCCUGUCUCUCGGUCGUAGGCAGCAUCGGUAACGUCUUCAUGAUAUCGUCCGUUAUGAUAGAGGACCAUCUGAAGAAAGCAGGCAAUGCAUUCAUAGUGAACAUAGCGCUCGCAGAUUUACUUAUCACUAGUGUAGUGAUGCCAGCAUCCACCAUCGUCCUGCUGGCUGGCAUCGACAAUUCCGACAAGGAAGUAUGCUAUUUUCACUGGUUCUUAGCUGCUUGCUCGUUUUUGGUUAGCAUUUUAACAUUAGCCAUGAUGGCGGUUGAGAACUACCUGCGGCUGUGCACGUUCCAGAACGAGCGUGGUUGGUUCAAUAAGACCAACACGACCGCGAUCCUGCUGCUGAUCUGGGCUGUGGCCUGCAUCUCGUCCGUCAUGCAGUUCGUGUACGACAUCCGGUUCGACUACUGCAACUGGCGCGUCCAUCAGCCCAUCCCGCAUGAAGCCGGUGUGGUGGGACUGAUCGUGCUGCUGCCACUGCUGCUCACCUUCAUAACGCACAUUCGCAUCAUUGUGGACGUGAAGCGUACGAUGGCAAUGCCGAACUUCAAGCCGAGCCUUGCCUACACCUGGGACCUGUCGCUGGCACGCACCAACUUCUACAGCUUCCUGAUCUUCGUCGUAUUUUGGCUACCGUUCUGUAUCAUAUUCGCCUACGGUACGGCCCGGUUCGUCUCGAACCCUGUCUUUUACACGACCGUCUGGAUCGGGCUAUCGAAGUCCUGCUUUCACAACGUCAUUUACUGUCUAACCAAUCGCCACUUCCGGAGCGCGUACAUCAGUCUGUUCAACUACUGCUGCUGCAAAACGACGGUGGCCGUCUCGAGACGUCAGCGGGCGGACGGCAACCGACCAACGGCGGACGUCCGCGUCCACAUCAUACCCGGGUACAACAUGUACUCGUACACCAGCCCGCAACGCUCCGGCAACUGCCACGGCCAUUGGGGAAAGCGCGACUGUCACGAGUUAUGA